GAUUUUGAAUUUUCUAAGCAUGGUUGACAACGAAUACGUGUUGCUCUGUGGUUAUGCCAAGUGAAACCAAACAACUUUGUCACAUUCAUCUUUUCGGGUCCUAAAUGAUGCAACCUUCUUUUAUUCAUUUAUAUAAAACUUUACACAUUCUUGGUCUAUAUUUUGCACAUCAACACUGUCAACAGUAUUUAUCAACAAAGACUAAAAAAGUGACUUCUAAAUAAUAAAUUAAAAGACUCAAAAAGAGUGCGGAAUGUUCUAGUGGUUCUAUAUAGAUCUAGAUCUAGAUUCUAAUCUAGAGGCUAGUAGAACCGGUGUGUUGUGUAGUGUACUAGAUCUAGAAAAGAUUCACAACAAACUUGAUACAUUAUGAGUUGACAGUGUAAAGCAGUCAGUGUUGAUUUCUGUGUUACUGUUAUAAGCUUGACAUUGAUAAAGUCCAAGACUUCUGCAGUUUUGUCAAUACAUCUGCUUAAACUAUACAUUUUAGAUCUACAGCCUAGAUAAAAGGAGAGAUAUUAAAGCAGAAUACAGGAAGCAUUGCAAGGUUAAGAAUGAGUGUCAUUGGAAAGGGGGUGAAAAUUGCACACAUUCUUGGAGUUAUUAUUAUUUCAACUGUUUUUCUGUACAACUUGAAUGUUAAAAGUGAAGCAGCACAGCACCAUGGGCAAGGAGCUUUAACUGUUGUUGAAGACCUCAAUCAGAAUGAUGAUGAUGAUGGUGUUGUAUCUGUUGAAGAAAAUGAGAUAACAGAAGAUGAUAAUGUAGAACCAUUUGAACCCACAGAUGUUUGGAAAACGGUUAAAAAAGGUCAAAAAAUUCCCCCUGGUUUGCAUGUGAGAAUGGAUAUGAAAACUGGAGAGAAACAAGCCAAACUGAUGGAAGGUUCCACAACAACUACAGAGCAGUGGGAUGCAGGGGAAAAUAUUGGAAUAAUAAAUACAGAAAAGAAAAGGUAUUCAAGAGAUGAAUUAAAAGCUGCCUUAAAAGACUUUAAAUACAAAGAUGAAACUCCAGAUGAAAAGGCUAAAGAUGAUGAAAUAAAGAAGAAAUUCCGUAGCUAUGAUGAGUUGAAAAAAGCAAUGCAGGAGAUCAACAUGUCUGUGAAAACUGAGGGGGAAAUAGUCACAGAGCUUACUGAAAAGUUAAAGACAGGUGCUUUGAACACAGAGGAAUUGAAGCCAAUACUUACAGACUUGGAGUACUAUCUGCAUCAGAUUGACAGUGCAAAAAUCUUUGUCGACCUUGGUGGUCUAGAGUCUGUCCUGAAACUCAUAAACAACACCAAUGAUGAAAUACGUGAGUCUGUCAUAUAUACAGUUGGAGCUGCUUUACAAAGCAAUGCCAAAGUUCAAGUGGCUGCCCUAGAUAGUGGCCUGAUGCAAAAUUUACUGAAAUUGUUAGCAGUGGAUCCAUCACUGGGAGUUAAGAAAAAGGCAUUAUUUGCAUUGUCAACUCUAGUUCGCCAGUUUCCAUUUGCUCAGAAAAAGUUUCUAGACUUAGGAGGACUGUCUGCUCUUUCUCAGAUGUUCACAAGCACUCAUGAGGAGAAUAUGAAAAUUAAAAUCAUUACUUUGUUGACAGAUAUGUUAUUGGAACAUGAUUACAAUAAAAUACAAAGUACUUCCACCGAUCAUGUUCAAAUAGAACGAUCACGUCAAUAUAAUGAAGUUAAACUUCGAGAAAGCAUGUCAGCAUCAGGAUGGUGUACACUCAUGACAAGUCUCCUCCAUUCCAUGUCAGGCCACGAUAGUGUAGAAAAAGUUAUCCAUGCCAUGACUGCAUUGGCAGACACAUGUAUAGAAGACUUCUCUCCUGCCAAACCCAAGCUUCAGGCCCUCCUGACAGUUUACCACCAGCUGGCCCAGGAUGAGCUUAAGGAUGGAGCUGAUGACUAUUAUUCUUCCAUUUACUCCACACUCCAGAUACUUGUCAGUCAAAUCUAUCAAACUGAUUUGUGAGAACUGGUUUGAAAAUUAUUGAAUUUAUUGUGACUAAAGGAUACAAAAAGGUGCUAAUUUUUGUCUUUGAUAGUAAGUAUAAUGGUAUAUUGUAAAUUUUAAUAAAGGCCUCAUAACCCAUUACAAUAUAAUGAGAAAAUUGAAUGCAAACAUUUGCACAUUAUAAUGAUCUUGUAGCAACCAUUUCGAUUAUGAAUAAAAAGUUUAUUUUAUUCACAUAUUUUGAACACAUAGAAAAAAAAAGAAUAUGUUGUACUUUUGUUUCUUCUUUCACAUUUUUUCCAAAACUAGGAAUUCAACUUGGUAACCCUUUAUUUCUUUUGGAAUCUUAAUCAUUGCAGAGAAUUCAAAGAGUUAUCAAACAUUUUAGGUUCAUAAAAUAAAUUAUUUUUAUUGUUAUCCUAAAUUAAAAAAAAAAACAACUUGUGCUCAUUGAUCAUUCAAAAAAAGAUUAAUGUAUAUAUAUUUUUUUCUUCUUGAUGUUAUCUGACAAUAUUAUCAAUUGUUAUUUCAGCAGGAAUGUUUUCCUUCGCAGCUUCCAAGUUUGCUUUGUUGUUCAUUCAUUUCAUUAGAAAUCUACUGCAUAAUCAUUUUUUACAAUUCCUCCUGUUAUCUUGCGAACUUAAUGGUUGAACGAGUAUUUUUAAAAGUUUUAACGAUUUACCUAGAAAUUUGACAUGUUUAUGUGAAAAAUAAUUACCAAGUAGGCCAUACAGUGAAAACUCUGGUUUGACCAUUCUAAUUUUUCAAAAUAAAUCAUCUUAAAAUUAAAUUUGACAUACAAUCUUUUCAAUUUUAGACUUGCUUUAGGAGAAAUACCAGCACUUGAUGCAAUGCUUUGUUGUAUUCAGUAAAGAGUUGAAUGAAUAGACUUUUUACACACUGUUGAAGUUCUUGUCCACAUGCUAGUGUUAAACUAUUAGCUGGACUGUUAAAAACUUAAUAGAAGAACUUGAUUGAGCAAAGCUCACUGGAAAGACUCCUUGCAAUAGUGAAGCAUUACAAGAAAUGAACAGAGAAACUAUAGACCACCAUCAGAUUCAUAAA